CGCAUGAGCGGCGCUACGAUCGCUUUGUCUAAAACCAGCUUUAACUAAACUUCAAAAUUAUGACAUAAUUGGAAUAGGAAAACCGGGUUGUUUACAUUUUGUUUUUGUUUUUUGUCGAAAAUUAUUUUUACAAAUACGACAAAGACUUGAAAGGAGCCUAAAUUCAAUUUUAAAUCCAAAUAUGGGCGACCGCUACAACAUUCAUAGUCAGCUAGAACACUUGCAAUCAAAAUAUAUUGGCACAGGUCAUGCAGACACAACAAAAUUCGAAUGGCUUGUCAACCAGCAUAGAGACAGCUACUCCAGUUACUUGGGCCAUCCAGACCUUCUUAGUUACUUUGCCAUAGCUGAAAAUGAAGCUAAAGCCAGAGUAAGAUUUAAUCUGAUGGAGAAAAUGUUGCAGCCAUGUGGACCACCACCUGAUAAACCCGAGGAUUAAAUACUUAAUACAGUUAGUCAUAGUUUUUAUUUUAUUUAAGUCUUCAUACAAUAACUUACAAUUUUGCAAAAGUAAUAAAUACAUAUUUCAACAAACAAAAAA